GGUCGAGAUGGUCGAGAUCUGUGUGUAGUAUCUUUAGUAUCUUCCGUCUUUCAUAGAAGGCAGUAGUUAACGGUAGUUAACGUGUUUCCCCUUCUCCUAUGUCCGUUUCUACCCCCUGUUGUGUGGUAUCCAUAUUAUUAUUAUUAUUAAUUCUGUGUAUUCAUUUUUAAAAAAACUCCAUAAUCCGGAGUUUAAAUGUCGCGAGGUUCGUAUGCAGAUUGCUAUAUCUUUAUAGAAAAACCCUUAAAAUUGGAGAGACUAUGAUGUCCACUAAAGCAAAACAAAGUCCAAAGAAGGGCGUUGGGAAGCUCAAAGAAUAUGGAAAAGGCAAUAACAGUAAAAUUAAGGGAAGUGAUUCAUCAGAUUCAUCUGGAAAAGAAUGUGUACUCUCCUUUCCUCUUCUGAAAACAGUGGAUAAUGACAGGAUGCUGCCACGGUAUUCUGCUAUAUUAAAUCGAACAGAGGAAGAUGGGGUUGGCAUGGAAGAUCUUGAUGCACUGCAAUUAGAACUGGAAGCUUUGCUGUCAGCUGUUGUCGUUCGGACAAGAGUGCUGCAGGAAGAGAUUCGUGUGUUGAGUAAUGCAGAGGAGAAACGCAGUGGUGACACUAAGAAAGGGAAGUUUAACAACAUUAGCCACAUUCAAAAAGCACCCCUGUCUCCAGGAAAGCGGGCCAAACAGCAGGAGCGGCCACUGAAGAAACUGAAAGAAGCAAGUUCUUCAAAAUCUCGAGGUGGUAGUGAAACAAAUCAAGGUCCAUUACCUAUCAAAUUCACCAAGGUUAAAAGUAUUCCAUCUUCGGCCUCUUCCAGACCUUCACAGAAUCAUGCCUUUCCAGAUUAUGAUCAUAAUGAUCAGUCUCGUCAUGACGCACCCAAAAUUGUCCUUCCUAAAAAUGACACUCCAAACAAAUUCUGGCUCUCUGUGGAACCCUACUGUACAGAUAUAUCAAUGGAUGAUAUAAAGUUGCUUGAUGAACUAAUCUAUGAACAUGACAAUGAUACUGAGUACCAGAAAGUGCCAGUGUUAGGGCGCCAUUACAGUCUGCGAUGGGCACAGGAGGACUUGGAAGAACACCCUGAUGGCAACACAAGCAAAGCAAAGUUGAGACCUGCAAUAGCUCCUGUGGAUGGAAGUAAUAUACUUAAAAGGCCAGAUAGAGGAAAUGAUGUUGGUAACACAGGACCACUUACUCAGCGCUUGUUAUCUUGUUUGAUGGAGGAGAACAUCAUGGUCCCUACGCAAGAUUCUUUUGAUGGGAAGAGGUGCAGGGGUGGAGAAAAUACUAAACCAGUGAGGAACUUCACAGUGUCUGGAGCGUCCUCACUUGAGCGGCGCGUGAGAAAAGAGUUAGAAGGCCAAGGCAUUCUGGACAAUUCUGAGCAGAAAGAACCAGCUGAUGAUGAGAUUCUCACAGAACUUAAAAGAUGUCAAGGAGAGCUAAAAGUUAUAUCAAAUCACAACAUUCAUCAGCUAAAACGUCUCAGGAAGCUUGCUUGCGAUGAAAUGUCCCGGCAGGAACUGAAAAGGAAACUCCAGUUAGCUGAUAGUGAAGUCCUUGAGAUCUACAGAAAGAUUACAGCAUCUAAACAAAAGAAGAAGCCACCAACAAAAGAGGAGACAGAUCUGGCUUGGAAAAGUUUGAAAGAUAGGGAGUUGCUGCUGAGGCAGAUUGACAACAUGUAAAUCAGAGUCUGUGUACAGUUUACAUAUAUGGUAGAGUAGUGAUUCUGAAACUGUGAAGUGUCGUCUGCCAGGUGAUUACAUGGGCACGGGUGCUCAGUUAUUUAGGCAGGCAGGCCGUGUUGUAAGAUGUGCUACAAGGACUGGAGAAUUCAAAUAUCUCUAUUGCAGCCAACACAGAACUGAAAAUUAUGAUGAAUAUAGCCUAAGCAUAUCUUAUUAAUAUGGAACUUUGGCCUGUCUUUGCUCCUCAAGAUAAUUAACCUUUGGCGUCAUUUUUGUAAUACCACCAUGUUUGUGAACAUUGGUAAUUCUUGAAUGUGACUUCGAUUUACUUAGUUUCAUAUGUGACAAUCCUGUUCAUAUGUUUGUUAAAGCUUCUUGGUUAAAACUGCUCAAAAUUGAAUCAUAUUGGAUUUUAUUUGAUCAGAGUUGCAUUUUUCUGAGUCAUCACUGAAAUCGGGGGGAAAAUGGGUUUUCAAAGAUGUGUAAUUUAAUUUAAUUUUUAUUUCAUCCAUGGAUCAUUA